GGCCCCAUCUUCUUCUUUCAUCUAAUUAGUUUGCUUUUUGGAUGGAAAACUCCAUGAACACUACCAGCAAGCCCACUUCUUCCAAUCAAAGAACCUCUCAUGAGUACUCUUCAGAGGAGAGUGGUUGGACUGUGUACUUCGAGGAUUUCUUAGAUCACAAAACAAGCAACGAACACAUGCGUAUUAAUUGCUCUUCUGGUUCUGAGACCUCUUCUCUGGUUUCCGAUGCUGCUUCUUUGGCCAGAAAAAGGUCUGACAGGAGUGAACAUUCAGGUGGGGGCCGGGGCUCGUCUAUGGUUAAAACUAGCAAGAGAUCGUUCAGCUUCAAGGAAAGGAAAAGAACAGGCCGAGCUUUGGUUGAAAAUGCAUUAGUGGAUACUGCUAGUUCUCCUAUUAGCAUGAAUCCCAAGGUAUGUGAUAUGAAUGAUGAGAUCAUGGAUAUGGAUGCUGAGCGGAAUGAUAUUGAUCAUGCAAACAUAUCUCAGGAGAAAGUUGUUGGCACUUCAGGACCGAUAGAUGAGAGAAGUGCAAUGCGUUUUGUUGGAAGAGACAGCGAUUGCACAUAAUUGAAGAAAAAGGGCCUUUGCUUAGUUCCUUUGUCUAUGAUAGUGAAUUAUCUUCGAUGAUUCAAUGCAUGCAGUUUAAUCAUCCUUAAUUAA